CAAAGUGCAGCAGGCUCCAGCGUCUCUGCACGGGUCCACAGAUGAGGGAGCAGCGUGUUCAGCUCCUCCUCCUGCUGCUGGGGGGGGGUGUGUGUUGGGUGGUCCAUGCUCAGGUGCGACACCCCCUCCCUGUGCUGUGGACGAUGGGGUCGGCGGGGGGAAACCUGACAGGCUCCGUGGCCCCUGCUGUGCGCCUCGCCCUGCAAGACCUGGAGAGACAGGCCCCCCCACUGGGAGAAUACGAGCUGCAGCUGCACCCCCUCCACCCUCAGUGUGACCCCGCUGCGUCUCUCAAAGCUCUGUUUGACGCUCUGUGGGGGGGGCCGCAGUUCCUGCUGCUGCUUGGGGGGGUCUCCUGCCCCUCAGUGACGGGGAUCAUCGCUCGCUCUCUGCCAGCACUGCACCUGCUGCAGGUAUCCUUCUCGGCCCCGCCCCCCUCCCUGUCCAACCGGAAGUGGUACGGCAGCCUUAGCACGCUGCCAUCGGACCGCGCUGUGAACCAGGCGGCCGUGAAGCUGCUGCAGCGCUACAGGUGGAGCCGGGUGGGGCUCCUCACUCAGGAGGGGGCCAAACACUCAGUGAUGAAGAAGGACCUCGAGCGGCAGCUGCUGAAGGCCGAUGUUCACGUGGUUUCCUCCGAGAGCUUCUCUGCAGACGCCUGCAGCAGCCUCAGGACGAUCAGGGAGAGAGACGCUCGCAUCAUCAUCGCGCUGCUCCACCAGGACUCUGCCCCCGAGGUGUUCUGCUGCGCCUACAGACUGAACAUGUUCGGGGCUCGGUACCAGUGGCUGCUGCUGGCUGACGGAGCAGCUGCCGGGUGGAGCUGGGUGGGGCGGCGGUCCGGCUGCAGUGCCGACAGCCUGCAGACGGCUGCAGACGGAGCCAUGCGGCUGCAGAGGAGAGUGCUCAGCAGCUCGGGGGCCCCGGGGGUCUCCGGACGGACUCCUCAGCAGUACCUGCGCCUGCUGACCGAGGAGGGGUCAAAGGUCGACCCGCUGCACGGCUACGCCUACGACGCCGUGUGGGUGGCGGCGCGCGCCCUGACGCAGGUGAUGGAGGCGGUGAAGCUUCGAGAGAAGUACGGAAGCCAGAGGAACACGAGCGGGGAGGAGCUGCAGAGGAAGCUGCUGGAUGCCCUGAAGCACACACACUUCCAGGGAGUCACCGGCCCGGUUUUCUUCCGGAACGGGGAGCGGAUGGCGUCGAUCGAGCUGCUUCAGUUUCAAGGCAGCGGGGGGGUGUUGGUGGGAGACUUCAACACCUCCACCCAGCAGCUCAGACUGAUGAACCACCUGCUCAAGUUCAAAGGUCCGGCAGCAGCCAGAGACCGGACGCUGGUUCUGGAGCAGUGUCUGCACGUCGGCCUGCUGAUGUUCGGCCUGGUGUCGUCGGCUGCAGCUCUGACCACCAUCCUCACUCUGACCGCCCUCCUCUUCACCCUCAUCCACCGCACACACCAGCGGCGGGGUUUGUGUGCUGGAUGUCUGGAGGAGCUGCUGCUGCUCGGCCUCCUCCUCUCCUCCUCCUCCGUCCUGAUUUCCGGGCUGGACGGACCCUCGCUGUCCCACCAGGUGUUCGAGACCCUCUGCUCCGUGCGUCUGUGGACCCUCUCUGUGGGACACACGGUGGUCCUGGCUGUGCUCUUCAUCAGGUCCUGGGGGGUGUACUCCCUGCGCAGCAUCAAACCCCCGCAGCAGCACAGGAGGAGGCGCUCCCUCUGCGUGUUGCUCUGGUUCCUCCUGAUGGACGCGCUGCUUUUAACCACCUGGCAGGUCCUGGACCCCCUCAGACGGGUGGUGCUGCAGCACGGCGACCAGAGUGUGUCUGCAGAGGAGGACGUUGUGAUCCGGCCGUUCUCUGAAACCUGCAGCAGCGGAAACAUGGAGCUGUGGAUCACCGUGCUCUGCGGGUACAAAGCUCCUCUGAUGGGUCUGGGCUGCUUCAUGGCGUGGAGCAUCAGGAGGGUGGAGGAUGACCCCCGCGCUGCCAGCAGGAGGCGCCUGACGCUCAGCAUGUUGGCUCUGAUGCUGCUCAGUGUUGCAGGAGCUGCAGCGUCCCUGCUGACUUCCCACAAUCCUCCACUGCACUUCUGUCUGCGCAGCACCCUCAUCCUCUGCUGCAACAUCUGCAUCCUCAGCCUGAUGUUCGCGCCCCGGCUCAGAUUGUGGAAAUUGUGUUUGAGAAACAGCGAGCAGCAGAGGCCUACAGAGACGCAGAUUGAAGCUGCAGAGGAGGAGGAGGAGGAGGAGGAAGAGGAUAAGGAAGAGGAUAAGAAGCUUCUGAUCAGCUUGAACCAGCAGCUGAAGAGUCACACGGCUCAGCUGGAUGCAGAAAUAGAAACCCUCACCCUGCAGCUGUGUGAGCUGGCCCCUCAGCCCCGGCUGCACCACGCCCCCCCUGCCCGAAACAACGGUAAAGCCAGGUGUGUGCGCUGGACCCAUGCAGCUCAGGUGUGCUCAGAGGACAGAAACUCGGGGGGGAAACCCUCGAGUCUCGACAGCAUCAACGCCCCAGAACACGUGCAGCGGCGUGUCUCCGUGCAGCUGCCCAUCCUCCAUCUCUCCUACAUGCCGGCCGUCGGCGGGGUCAGCGCCAGCAGCUCCAGCCUGUUCCCGCAGCGCGACGACCACUUCCUGUUCACCUGAAAACCGCUUCCUGUUCACCUGGUGCCACACCACAGCUCGACCAAUCAGUCGGCAGCUGGGCCUGGCUGCUCCUGUUUCAGUUUUUAUAUCUGUAAUGAUGGAAAUGCACACAGGACACUUCUACCAGAGAUGACUGAAGGCUGUGUGAUGGCGAUCCAAUGAA